CUUGAGUUCACCCGACCGACAUUCAGUGACGGACUAUCAACAAUACGAAUGUUUAGGUCUGUCUACUUCUACGGUAAAACGGGUUUUUGUCAGUUUGGCAGGAGUCACAACCGGACUAUUAUCCCGGCUGCUGUUUUCUCAUGAUUUCAUUUUUAAUUUGUUGGGAGCAUGCCAGCGUUGGUUAUCGCACAAAGUAGAGUUAACCUGCACGGCGUCGGUUACAAGAUAAGAGCAACUUCUCAGAAGUCCUUGCCCUUUAAAUCACACAAGGUAACUUUGAGUGUAUCGUUUGGACUUUAUAGCACACCACAAUGGUGCUGAAGAUCUUCUUUCCCCAGUGCUGUAACACUGCUGACAGCGGCCUGCUGGUGGGGCGCUGGAUCCCGGGGCACACUUCUGCUGUGGUGCUGGCUGUCGUUCACUACCCCUUCAUACCGGGACAGGUGAAGAAGUACCUGAGUGAGCUGCAGAGCCAGACUCAGGUGGAGCUGACCGUCCUGGGCUCCUGGAGUAUGCCCAAAGAAGGCCAAGAAGGAAUGGACAGCUUCCUAAAAGACCUGAGUACCAUCUUUCCUCAGAAACGUUGGCUGCAGUUGAGCCGUGAGAUUGGCAAAAGAGGCUUUACGUGUCAGGUGGUCCGAAACAAUGGGAUACAUCUGCAGGAGCAGAAGAACGGCGAUGAUAAGAUCAUCCUCAUUCAUUACGAUCAGAGGAAGGUGAUGCUGUCCCAGCUUCACCCGGUACAGGAUGUCGGCCAGAAGUCUGAUGUUGAGCCCUCAGAGCUGCGCUUGGUCUUCCAGACAGUUGAUCAAAGUCAGCCUCUCUUUUUCCUCGACAAAUAUGAUGAUGGGCCACUCAAGCUCACCCACUGGCAGUCUGAAGGCAGGGAGGCUAGUAUUAUUGCAGAGCUUCUGAAACAAGCGUCGGUCCCGCUCUGCAUCUUCCUGACAUGGCUGCUGUCUCUGUGGCACUGGUUGGGCAGUUUCAGGAUUUUACAUUUGAGUCCAGUGUUGUUCAUCUCAAGCAAGCUGUCCACCUGUGUUCAGUUGGGAUACAGAGCGGUUCAUUUCAGGAAUGUUUUCUCUCCGAAAAAAGCUGCUACACACAUGGAAUUCAUGAGAAAAGCAAACAUUUUCGUGUCUUUUCUUGUGGACAUAGCCCUUGGUUUGCUGCUUAUCUCAUGGCUUUAUAGGGAGAAUCGUAUCAGCAAAUUAGCAGAUACUUUGGUUCCUGUGGCUGAUCGUGUGGCUAAAGAGCUGCAGGAGCUGUUAGAAUGGCUGAUGGGAGCUCCUGCUGGACUGAAGAUGAACAGAGCUCUUGACCAGGUCCUGGGGAGAUUCUUUCUCUACCACAUUCAUCUGUGGAUCAGUUACAUCCACCUGAUGUCUCCUUUCAUUGAGAGGAUCCUGUGGUAUGUUGGACUCUCAGCCUGCUUGGGAUUGACCUUUGCUCUUUCCGUAUUGUCUGACAUCGUGGCCCUCCUCACUUUCCACAUCUACUGUUUUUAUGUGUACGGGGCAAGACUCUACUGUCUGAAGAUCUAUGGUCUCUCCGCCCUGUGGCGGCUCUUCAGGGGAAAGAAAUGGAAUGUAUUGAGGCAGAGGGUUGACUCGUGCUCCUAUGACCUGGACCAGUUGUUCAUUGGCACUUUGCUCUUUACGAUUCUGCUGUUCCUGCUUCCCACCACUGCCUUGUAUUACCUCGUCUUUACUCUGCUGCGGCUGGUGGUGGUGCUGUUUCAGGGAGUGAUUCAUCUUAGUGUGGACUUCAUCAACUCCUUGCCCCUGUUUGCCAUCGGCCUACGGAUCUGCAGACCAUACAGACUGGCAGAGGGCGUUAAAUUCAAUGUGAUUUGUCAGGAGCCAGGAACUCCUCUUCACCUGAUGAUGGAGAUCAACCCACUGAAAUGCAGCUCUGUACUGCAGUGUUACCGGACGCCCACUUAUAGCUGUAACCCUAAGGAUUCCUGGGCCGCGUUGUGCAAGAAGCUGUUUGUAGGAGAACUCAUUUACCCCUGGAAGCAGAAGACUGACAAGACUGACAAGACUGACUAACUCUGGGCACUGGGAGAAAGUUGCUCUAUUGGAGUCCAGUGACGCUCAAAAUAGUCUUAGUUAAAUAGUCUUACUUAGGUUUUUAACAGAAGUAGAUAUUCUUUCAUUUGUAGAUUAAAAUCAUGAUCUUUCCUUUUCUAAACACUUUGAUUUAAACUGAUUUUUAUUUUUGUAUUUAUUUUAAAGCUACUUUUUAUAACACUGAAGAUUAUUACAUCCAGUAUAUUAAAACAUUGAUAUUUAAAAACUUGUUGCUCAUUCACAGCCAUAAUUGAAUGAAGAUCACUUGAAGCGGAGUUGACACUGUUGACAUCUCCUCAGUUUUUUUUUUUGCUGUCUCUCACGAUGCGCAGAUAGAAAGAGAAUGACUGGUAAAAGUAAGCUAUAAAAUGUUAGACAGUUAUGAGUCUAAUCUAUCUGAUUAAUGUGUACUGACUCUGAAUGUUGAAUGUAAUACAGAUUAGUGUCAAUCAGUUGACCAUGAACCACUUGUUAUGCCAGUGUUGCCAAAUUGUUGUUUUGUAGCUAUUAUUAUUAUUUAUGUUAAUGAUUUAUAAAAUCAAGAUCUUUAUAAAUGCAGUUGAUCAUAAUGUUAAUAUAUAUUUGUGCUGUUCAUUUUCAAAAUCUAAAUGUACCUCAAUAAAGUUAGUUUAAUAUCUUUUUGUA